CAACUGGCUGACCAAUCACCACCUGCCUCAUCAGCUCUCCCCAGUUUCCCGCUGCCCGGCUUCCCCGCCCGGCAGUUUAAACUGACCAACCAUUGCCCGCCACCUCGGCUCUCCCGGCCUUCCCACUCCCUCGGCCCCUCAGCCGCCUAUAAAAGAACCCUGCUCCUCUGAGCGCGCGCAGCCAUUUUCCUCUUCUUCCCGGCUGGUCCGCCCGGAGGCUCUUUCCUCUCAAUAAAGCCUGAACUUAAGACUUUCUUCUAACCUGCGGUCCGGUUUUUUUCCAAAUGAGCUCAGUCCUCCCGCAGAGGGUAGGUUGGACAAGUGGUGCCGAAAACCUGGGAGCUGGGGCCGUUGGCCCGGCCACGGCCCCCUCCCCCGACCUACCCAACACCAGCCCUGCCACCUCCACGCUCUGAUUAAGGUAAGCCAAGCUUUUUCUUGCUUUACCCCCACUUUCCUUCUCCUCCUCCUAUGGCACGGUGCAGUUGCUCCCCUCCGGCGUUCCGCACCGACUCCUCGCCUAGUCUCGGCCGAGCCGAGGAAGUCCUCCGUUCCGGCUCCAGGAGCCUUCUGAGGGGUAGCUGCCAGACGGGGGACGCCCCUCUGACUGCUUCCCUAACCGUACUUAACUGUACUCCGGGGAAUUUGCAACGAAAGGGGACGCCUUUUCUUUGCAUCUACCCAACCGCGCCGGAGGGUCUGUAGCUGUGCCCGCCAUGGGAAAUUCAGAGUAUACUCCCAAACCCUCAGAAAGAAAAAGCUUGUCUUCCUGUCCCAGGUGGCUUGGCCCCAAUACAAACUCAGUAACCAGUCACAUUGGCCCCCAACUGGCACUUUCGAUUUCAACACCCUCCGAGAUCUUGACAAUUUUUGUCGCCGCAUGGGCAAAGACAAUGAAAUUCCUUACGUUCAGGCUUUUUGGGACCUCCGUACCCACCCUGACCUAUGUUCUUCCUGCUCCACCUACCAAAUCCUCUUAGCUCGUACCCCUCGUAAAUCUUCCUCCACUACCUCUCCCUCUCCCUGCUCCUCACCGGAAGAUCUGCCUGAACAUCUGUCCCCUCCUACCAACCUCGGCAACCAGUCGCCUUCGACAACAUGCUCUUCCCCCACUCCCUCUGCACCUCCUACCUCAGAGGCCAUGCCUCGCCCUUCCUCCACUCCCUCUGGGCCCCCUCCCUCGGAGGCUGCACCUCCUCUUACCUCCCCAGUGGCGGCCCACACCCGCUCUCACCAACCAACUAUCCUGGCCCCACUCCGAGAAGUAGCAGGCACUGAAGGUUUAGUCAGGGUCCAUGUUCCUUUCUCACUCCAAGACCUGUCCCAAAUUGAGAAACGUUUAGGAUCCUUCUCAGCCGACCCGUCCACCUAUAUUAAGGAAUUCCAAUACCUCACUCAAGCCUACAGCCUCACGUGGCAUGAUAUUCGCGUUAUCUGCUCCUCCACCCUCACUGUAGAGGAGCACGAGCGCAUCCUAGCUGCAGCCAGAAACCAAGCAGACAAAGAUCAUGCUAUAGAUGACCAGAUCCCCCUAGGCCCCGAAGUAAUCCCAGGUGAAGACCCCCAAUGGGACUAUCAGGCUAGUCGAGGGUCUGAUAUACCCAAGAGAGACCGCAUGAUUAGAUACCUCCUCAGGGGAAUGGAUACUGUAUCUUAACAAAGUUGUAAACUAUGAUAAACUAAGAGAAGUCACCCAACCACCCGAUGAAAACCCUGCCCUGUUUCUCACCCGUCUUCAAGACGCCCUUACCUGCUUUACUCGCCUACACCCAGCCUCACAAAACGGGGCGACUGUCCUAGCAUCUCAUUUCAUAUCUCAGUCCGCCCCUGAUAUCUGGAAAAAACUGAAGAAGGUAGGAGAUGGCCCCGAAACCCCUAUACAGGACUUGGUAAAAAUGGCCUUUAAAGUAUUCAAUGCCAGGGAAGAUGCGGCUGAGGCUGCCCGCCAAACUCGCAUGAAGCAGAAAAGUCGCUCUACAGACCCAAGCCCUAGUAGCAGCCCUUUGGCCGGCAGAAAUAACAAGGGUAAAGCAAAUACCCGCACCCCUCCCGGGGCGUGUUUCAAAUGUGGAAAAGAAGGGCACUGGUCAAAAGCCUGCCCCCAGCCAUGGCCUCCUACCAAGCCCUGACCUAUUUGUCACCUCAUGGGACACUGGAAGUCGGAUUGCCCUAACUCACCUCAGGCCUCAGUUCCUCAAAACUCUGGCACGAGGGGUCAGCAGGGUAACAUUCCCCCGGAGCCAGGCUUCUGCCUCAGCUGGUCAGGAGCCAGGCAUUCAGGAAUCUCCAAUCCCAAAGCUGUUAGGGUUCAGGGAUGAUUAACAGGGCCCUGGCUCCUCAACCUCAGUUACCCUUGCUGAGCCCAAGGUCAUGCUCCAGGUAGCGGGUAAGAGCGUACACGGGGGCUACCUACUCCGUUCUUCCCUCCUUUUCAGGCAAAACCACCCCUUCCCAGGUCUCUGUUAUAGGAAUUGAUGGGUCCCCCUCCACUCCUCACCAAACUCCACCCUUAACCUGUCUGUUUGGCCCUUCCAUUUUUACCCACUCCUUUCUAGUCAUUCCCUCUUGCCCUGUACCUCUCCUAGGGUGAGAUAUCCUAGUAAAAUUGCAAGCUACCAUUACUUUUCCACACACAGAGACCUUCCUCUUACCCCUCAUCGCCAACCCACCUUCCCCGCUUCCUACGGCCAAACUCCUCCCUGACGUAAAUCCCAAAGUAUGGGAUACUGAUACCCCCACUGUAGCCUCACACCAUUCAUACACCUAAAAGACCCCACAGCCUUCCCUUCUCGCCCUCAGUUUCCUAUCUCCAAAGUUCACUGCCUCGGCCUCCUACCUAUCAUAAAUAAACUGAAAGCUCAAGGACUACUCAUUCCUGCAAACUCCCCCUGCAACACUCCCAUUCUGCCUGUGAAAAAGCCCUCAGGUCAGUACUGCCUGGUCCAAGACCUCCACCUUAUCAACGCAGCAGUCAUUCCGGUCCAUCCAGUAGUCCCCAACCCCUAUACCAUCCUCUCACAUAUCCCACCGUCCACAACCCACUUUUCAGUCCUAGAUCUUAGGGAUGCUUUUUCUCUAUCCCGCUACACCCUGACUCCUACUUCCUCUUUGCUUUUACCUGGAAAGAUCCUGUCACCAAUCUGUCUCAACAGUUAACGUGGAUGGUCCUCCCUCAAGGCUUCCGGGACAGCCCCCACCUGUUCAGCCAGGCCCUGGCAACAGACCUGCAGCAAUGUAACAUCUCCCCUUCUUCCUUACUCCAGCUGGAUCAAAGCUUUCCCCACAGCUCAUAAAACCGCAGGAGUUGUAGCCGAGCACCUCGUCCGGGACAUCAUUCCCCGAUUCGGCCUUCCUUCUACCAUCCAGUCAGACAACGGACCUGCCUUUAUUUCUAAGAUCACCACUGCCGUUUCCACAUCCUUAGGGAUUCAGUGGAAACUGCAUGCAGCCUACCAUCCCCAAUCCUCGGGCCACCAUCGACAAUUCUGCAGAAUCUUUAGCCUCUCUCCAAAGACAGAUCACCUCAGUGGCUCAAGUCGCCCUACAAAAUUGCCGGGCGUUAGACCUCCUCACCGCCGAGCAAGGAAGAACCUGCAUCGUCCUACAAGAAGAGCGCUGCUACUACAUUAAUGAAUCCGGCCUAGGAGAAACCCGAAUCGAGAACCUCCAGAAACUUAAAGUUAACCUGCAGAAUCAAAAAUUCUCAGCUGAAGCCACAGCAUAGUGGUCUUCCUCUAUGUAUACCCUCUUGUCCCCAUUGCUUGGGCCGCUGAUAGCCAUUUGCUUAAUCUUACUUAUUGCUCCUUGUUUUCUACAGUUCCUACAACGGCGCUUUCAAGAACUAACUCGAGUCACCAUUCACCAAAUGCUGCUCCAACCUUACCCCAAACAAGUGCUAGAAGCAGACCUCUCCCGGAACAUCCAGGCUCCUUAAGAAAAGAAACCUCUUCAAACCC